AUGAAAUUGAUUCAUAUCGUUUUGCUCAUCGGUUUGAUUUUGCCGAUUCUCUCGUGGGAACACGUUCGUCUGUUGGAACCGAGAAGUAGAAACCUCGAUGUUUCCGAAGAUGCCAUUUAUGCGUACCAUCCGAAAAAGUUUGAGAGGAAGUAUGAGCAACCGCCGCCGAAACCGCCACGGACAUUCGAACACAAUCUGAACAGCACCAUUCGGGACCAUAAUAAUAACUACUUUCGGGGAUACACUCGUCCACCACCGCCACCACGCGGAGGAUUCGCAAACUAUGAGCCGACGUAUCAAGUGAGCAGCAGUCACUGGAAUGACAGAUCAUGGAACGAAUAA